GUGCAUAGAAUUUUGUUAAGCUUUGUUUUUUCUGUCAUUAGAUGUAGGUUUCAAGAAGUUUGGCAAUGCUGGAAUAAAUUAUUGAGCUGUGAAAAGUGGCGUGUUGUGUGGGCUGCUUAUUGGAGCAUUCUUGCCAAGAUUUAUUUACAAAGAAAAAAUGGUAAGGUGAAUUCUCUGCCCAACCAGGAAAGUGGACUGAUGGUGGACUUCUGAAGAGCUGCAACACACCUUGUUCUUUGCUGGUUGUGACUGUGAAAAGGAGCCAUAGUGGUUCAGUUCACCUGUCUGCAAUAUAAAUAGUAAAGGUCAGAGUGAGACUCUUGAAAGACUUCCAGUUCACUUCUACAGCUAAGAAAGAUACAGAAUGAGUCUGUUUGGAACAACAUCAGGGUUUGGCUCAGGCAGUACAAGCAUGUUUGGUGCUUCAACAACAGAUAACCAUAACCCUAUGAAGGAUAUUGAAGUAACAUCUCCACCAGAUGAUAGCAUCAGUUGUUUAGCCUUUAGUCCUCCCACAAUACCAGGCAACUUUCUUAUUGCAGGAUCUUGGGCAAAUGAUGUCAGAUGUUGGGAAGUUCAGGACAAUGGGCAGACUAUUCCAAAAGCACAGCAGAUGCAUACCGGUCCAGUACUAGACAUUGCUUGGAGUGAUGAUGGAACUAAAGUGUUUACAGCAUCUUGUGACAAAACUGCUAAAGUGUGGGACCUCAACAGCAACCAGACUAUGCAGAUUGCCCAGCAUGAUGGACCAAUCAAGACAAUGCACUGGAUCAAGUCACCAAGCUACAACUGUGUGAUGACAGGAAGCUGGGAUAAGACUUUGAAGUUUUGGGAUACACGUUCUCCAACUCCUAUGAUGACCUUACAACUGCCAGAAAGGUGCUACUGUGCUGAUGUGGUAUAUCCUAUGGCUGUAGUGGCAACAGCAGAGAGAGGUUUGAUAGUUUACCAGCUUGAGAAUCAGCCUUCAGAGUUUAGGAGGAUAGACUCACCAUUGAAACAUCAGCAUCGAUGUGUUGCCAUCUUUAAAGAUAAACAAAACAAGCCAACUGGAUUUGCACUUGGUAGUAUUGAAGGAAGAGUAGCUAUCCAUUACAUAAACCCUCCAAAUCCCACCAAAGACAACUUCACAUUCAAGUGCCAUCGCUCUAAUGGAACAAAUACAUCAACACCCCAAGACAUUUACGCUGUAAAUGGAAUUGCAUUCCAUCCUGUCCAUGGUACACUGGCAACUGUUGGAUCUGAUGGCCGAUUCAGCUUUUGGGAUAAAGAUGCUCGCACAAAACUCAAAACUUCAGAGCAACUAGAUCAGCCAAUUUCUGCCUGUUGCUUCAAUCAUAAUGGAAAUAUUUUUGCAUAUUCCUCAAGUUACGACUGGUCAAAGGGACAUGAAUUCUAUAAUCCUCAGAAGAAAAAUUACAUUUUUUUACGCAAUGCAGCUGAAGAGUUAAAGCCAAGGAGUAAGAAAUAAUUUAAUCAAUCGUGUCAACAUCAGUUAUUGGAGAAGAACUUGGAGCGGUGUAAAGUCUCUGAAGUCAUCAGCCUUAAUUUGUAAAUACACAAACUGUCUCGCCAGCGAAUUAAUGUAUUACUAUAGCUUUCUUGACUUCAAAAUAUGUUUUAUUAUUUUUUGUGUAUUGUAAAGUGCACAUGAAACUUUGUAAAGGGAUAAAAGUAGUUUGAGCUUCAUGGCUGAAUGGCUUCUUGUACAGCUUAAAGGCUGUGAAGUUGAAUGAUUCAUUUUUUAUUCAAUAAAUAGAUUUUUAUAAUAAAAAUGAUUCUCUUUCA